CGCUUUCAGGCGGUGGUGACAGUGGAGACAUCGUUCUUAUUAGAUCCGCAGCGCUGAUGUAUUUGGGACGGCACUCCGACAAAAUCCGCUCUGCUGCUGCACAUAUGGAUGUGAGCGCCUUCUAGGAUGGCUUGUAGUAGUUCGCAUGUGGCCGGUAUUAUGAUGUUAGGCCGGCAUGGCAAAGCGUAUACUCUCGCGCUUGUCAACACUUUCGUGAGCGGACAGCAUCAUCCAGCGGUACAGCUCCAUAUGCCUAUCGCACAAGACAUCAAGCCCAUCUCUUCACGCGCUUUGGUAUCCAACAUGAGAGCUAUCCGGAUCUCCAUCGUACCAAAGAGGGGUGUAGUCUCAGCCCGCGUAGGUCGCUCCAAACAUACAUCAGUUGUCAAGCGCCGUACGGGGCAGCAGUACCGAUGCAGCUGUCUGCCGAGCAAUCUUGGCGGUACCUGUCUUUCAAGGUUCGCCUGGUUCGCCGCAUAGAAAGACCGAUUGUAUUCGUGUGCCGUAUGGGUCGGGGAUGGCGAGCUCGAUUCGGGCGUUCGGUGUGGCGGCCAAGUCUCCGCUCGACACAAGCGUUGAGUUCGUAAGACACGGCAUCGUCAGUCGUCUCAGUGCUUGUAGAGUCUCCGCUCGUGGUAUGGC